GCGCCAAAUGACGUGUGCCUUUCUGGCUUUCUGGUCCUCAGACCUCGUCAGACCUCGACCCUACAAAGCCAGCAGUCGACUUUUUGGUGGGAUGAAGUCAUGUGGUGGUUAGGACGGCCUCGUUAAGCCGCCAAAAACCAGGGCCUCAGCAGCAAGGCACCUGCAAGGAGCUGCAAGGUAGGCCACACAAUGACGGCAGGGCCAUCAUUCCCUCCCUUUCUCACUCCCUCUCUGGGCACAGUCCAGUCCCGCUUGGCAAGCGCCGCCUGUCGCCCACUGGCCUGGCAAGCCUGGCCUGCUGCCACACCACGUCAUCCUGCUGAGCCCACCCUGGCGCUUGACUGGGCAUCCGGAAUGUUCUCUGCGUGUGGUUUUUUGUCUUAUUAUAUCAACAGCCCGGCCACCGUUCCGUUGUGUUGUUGUUGUUGCUGAUCUUGUUGUUGUUUUGUAAAGCCUGUCUAUUCAUCUUCCUCCUUCCUCCUCUGUUAACAUCCAUCCGUAAAUAUUGUUGCACACGGUCUCCGACGUCCUCAACAUAGUUUCAUAUUAUUGAACUAUUUGCCUCGCCCACAGUCAACCAACCCCCAACUUCUCUCAACAUGGCUCUUGGUUUCGUCGCUAUCGCCCAUCUCGUGGCCGUCCUCUUCUCCAUAAUAGAACUCGGCCUCACGGCCUAUGUCGUCAGCGUCUACGACGGCCGCUGGGACAAUGGCUACUCCUACUACGGCAGCAACUCUCCCGAUAGGGUCAACUUCAUGGUCUUCAACUCUGUCUGGUCCCUGCUGGUCCUGGCCUACAUCGGCCUCACACCCCUCUACAUGACCAGCAUCUUCCACCGCCUCGCUGCCCUUGGCCUGGAGGCUGUCACCAUGAUCUUCUGGUUCGCUGGCUCCAUCGCCCUUGCCGUCUUCAUCGGCGUGCCCAGGUGCCACGGCAACACCUUCUGUGGCUCCAUCCAGGCCGCCGUCGCAUUCGGCUUCUUCUUGUGGGCAAUCUUCCUCUUCCUGGUGGUCCUCGACGGCAUUGAGGCUAUGAAGUCCCGCCGUCACUCAACGGGCACCGGUCACCACAGCCACACCAAGCCUUAUGCUGGCGCCUAAACAUCGCCUCCGAGCAGCCGGAACGGCCAAAUCGAAGCUCGGUUGGAAGGGGUGUCGAAUACCCCUGGUAAUUCUUAGUAUGUGCGCUGUUUGAUCGUCUAGGACGAAGAAUGGGAACAAUCACCUUGCGGGAAGGAGAAAACUCCAGGCGUUAUAUUGGUCGCGAAGCGGGGCUCUGACUUCCAGUCACUAUUUAUACCCUCAAGAUACCACAUAUAUCUCUGAUUUGCGCUGUCACUUUUAAUUAAUAUCAAUCACCGUCAUCUGAUGGCCACAAAA